GACGUAUUUGGAUUUGUCUGAACUUUAAUAGAUCAAACAAUCCAACCCAGGGAUCAGAUGCCCGUUUAGAAACGAAAGGCGGGCGGCAAGAAUAUGGAAAACCUAUGGAGGGGAUUGCUCAGGAAAAAAAAUCCCUGUGAACGGGAUUACCGGGCAAGACGAAGGAUCGGAGUUGGGGGAAAAUCUGGUAAGACUCAGAAAACAGAUAGAUCUCCAUAUUUAAAGAGAGAGGGAAGUCAUGGCGAUCAAGUUGGAUGGAACGGGUACUUGGACAUGGCUUGGGGUACAGCUUCCUUUACCAGAUCCACUGCUGGAUCUGUUGAUAGAUGGAAGUCAACACUGGGAAGGGAGAAAAUAUUGUUAGUUUAUUUAAACUAGAUGAAAGGGUUAAUUCUAUAAUUAUCUGCCUUUCCUUCUUCCUCUUUUGGAAACCCUAACUACCUUCUUUGGAAACCCUAACUAGAGAAAGGGAAAACCUCCCCUCACUCCGCCUCCCUUAUCAUCGUCCCCCAUCCCUUCCCCUCCCUCUUCAUCCGAUACAUCCAAUCCAAGCAAUACGUUAAAAUCUCAAUUGAAACUAAGCUGCUAUCAUGCGGAUCUACGUUUAUGGAUUGAUCUUAUUGAUUUGCGGACAACUCGCGGCCGAUCUUUCUGGAGGUAGGGUAAUUUUUUUUUUUUUUGCUAAAAGGUGAAUUUUUUUUUAUCCAGUAUCUGUAUACGCAAGCCUGGUAGGUUUAUGAUCUCCAUAAUCCCUUUGAUUGGGAGGGAUUUUAAUCUGCGGUCUCUCCAUAAUCCCUUUCUUUAACAAGUCAAUUGCAAUUAGGAAUAUUAGGAUAAAUGAUGGGGAAUGUGAAAAAAAUACAGUUGAAUAAGGCUCAAACUGAACACUCUCUUAGGAAUUAGACCGAGCACCUGCUGGGUAUAGUUACUGGAAGGUUUGUGAAGGGUUGAGAGUGAGAUUUUGGAAUGAUGUCUGGAUAGGGGAUCAUGAGUUUCAGUUCUUGUAUCCUGGCCUGUUUGCUUUGUACGAGGAAAGGAGGCUAGGGUGAUGGAGAUCGAAAUGUGGAGGAAUGGGGAUCGAGAGUGGAGGUUGGAAUGGAGGUGGGGAGGCUAGGGCCUGAAUGGGAUUUAGGAGGACUUUGUGAGCAAGGUAGAUGGGGUUGGUUUGAAGGAAAAUACUGAAGAUGUGUGUUGGUGGAAGUUUGAUGGGGGCACUGUCCAUAUGACAAAAAAAGCUUAUGAAGAGGU